CUCUGUUGGAUUAUUGUCUGUUAGCGUCGAAUUUAUUUUUAUUGCAAAACGUUUUAUUUGUCAUCUGAUAAAAGAUUGACGCAAACAUACAAAAAUGGCAGAUGCGUUGUUCUCAAAGCCACAAGAGACCGAACCAUUAAAUUACACUCAAGAAAUUCGGCAAAUGAUGCACGGAUUCGGUGACAGUAGCGAACCGUUAGAUGGUUCUGUUAAGAUCAUAGAAGAUGUUGUGCUGCAACAAAUGAGAGCGAUUGUCAGGAAGGCGUGUGAAAUUGCCGACAGACGUGCCGGUUCGAAGAAAACAAACAUUAUUCAGGGUGAAGAUCUUCUGUUUUUAUUGCGUAAAGACAAGAUCAAGCUUCAGCGUCUUGUGAAAUAUCUCGAACUCAAGGAGAUUGGGAGUUCGGUUCAAAAACUCAUGAACGAUAUGCCUCAAAUCACGGAUCCUGAUCAAACGGACUCUGGCAAAAAGAAAGUGCCAUUUCAGAGUUUUCUGGAGGAGAUCGAUAAUACUGGCGAACUUCUUGAAAAUCCAUCCGUUAUGGACGAGGUCAAGCAGCGGAGAUGCUUGCGCGCAGAUAUCACCGCGAGGAGCAUGGACGAGAUACGUUAUAUUAAAUUUAGCAGGGCGCGUCGCGUGUCUUUUUUGAAUAAAAAUCGUCACAAAUUCAGCGAUUGGAUCGGAACGGAUGAUUUCACCCUGUCGAAGCAAGCGUAUUUGAUUCUGGGUUAUCUCGCUUACGAGACGGUUGCUCAGAUUAUCGAUCUUGCUUUCAUAGUGCGGCAAGAUCAAGAGAAACGAAACAGUGACGCCAUAGAACGCCAACGGCUUCAUUUUGUUAAUCCGUGCACAUACAGGCCGUAUUAUCACAACAAGAAUUUUGAAACACGACCACUAACACCAUCGGAAAUAACUGAAGCUCUUAGAAGAUACUGGUCUCCGCAGCUGGACAUGACAGGUCCGUUUAACAGAUGGUUGAUGAGAAAAUCUCAUUUAAAAUUACUCUCAUGCUAAAAAGAUUUGAGAGGUUUCCUACUUAAAACCGGACUGGAUCCGCCGCCUAUGUUUCUUAUGAGAUUUCUCAGUGUCUUAGGAUUCUCCAGUAACGGCGAUUC